GUGAUACGAAAUGGGCUUCUAUUGUUCAGAGCACGGGAAACAGUUUAAACAGCUUCAGCGCAAUUUUCUUUAAGAAGUUUUAAUGUGAUUGUUCCUGUUGAUAUUUUAACAAAGUAGUUGAGAAUAUGACGCAUAUAAAUCGAGAGUUGAGACUAGACAAGCAGUAGAUCUUCAUAAACAUUUAAGCUCUUGAAACAUGAAUGUCGUUAAAGCUGGAUUUCUUGAGAAAUUAAGUGGUGUGUUAAAACGUGAAUGGAAGAAACGAUAUUUUAUUUUGUGUCAAGAUGGACUCCUUUUGUAUUGCGACAAACCGGACAGUGAAUAUUGUGAUGUUGCUUUCAACGUAAAAAAUCGUCAAAGAAUAGAUUAUGGAAAUGAGAUGAAGAAAAAUCUACAGCAUAAGUCUCCUGGUAGAGUCCAAUGUAUGUUUUACAUUCGUUCAUCAGUAAAAAAGUUCUGUCUUCGUGCCGAAAACGAACAAGAUGCCAGAGACUGGGUGCAGAAACUUAAUGAAAUACCCCAAAUGCCAAUUACACAUUCAAGUCGUAGGGGUUCAUGGUCAAGAAGCGGGCUUGACACAGGUCAUACGGGUGGUUUCUUUGGUGGUUUCUUUGGUGGAUUCUUUGAUGGAGAUGGGGGUGAUUGUGAUGGGGGUGAUUGUGAUGGGGGUGAUUGUGAUGGGGGUGAUUGUGGAGAUUGAAGUGGAGGUGGAUUUUAACGAUUGUUGUGAUUUUGAUUGAAAUUGAAUGCUAUUAAUCAUUAAUUUUAGCUUAGCUAUAAUAGUUAGUAAAUAGCAUGUUUGUAUUGAAUUAUGCCUUCCAUAAUAGAAUGUUUUAAGAUGGACAUAAACUGAAGGUUAUAAUACUUGGGUUUCAUUACUAAUUGACUCUACACCGUAUUGUUUGCUGAUAUACAAUACUCCAUGGAGGCAAAUCCUGGUUUAUUUAGUGAUUUAUGUUUUGUUAACUGUAUUAUUUUUGUUAUUAUUAAUCUGUUGAGAUUUCCCUAAAAUGAGAGUAUCAGAUCUAUUUAAAGUUUGUAAGUAAAAAUGGAAUUUUGAAGCUAUAACUAUACUAUAUUUACAUGGAUAAAAUAAGAUAUUUAAAUACAUUAUAUACGAACUUAUAAACUA